CCUGCAUCGUCUUCGUCACGACGGCUUCCAUGAUGGACUGUAGGCCUUUCGAUGAAACAACAAGCCGCUGUACGAUAUCCCUGCCUUAUUCUCGCUAAGAUAUCUUCCUUCCCCCGCGACGUCUUGACAGCUCUGCUCUAGUCCUGUUCGCAAGCUACCGCUGGAAUUCUUAUAGAGUAUGAAUCUACUUAGUACCCGGCUCAUAGUAUGCUUUUCGCAUCUGGAACUAAACAAAUGGCAUUUAUCCCGAAGGAUAUGCGCAAUAUGAGCACCGCGGCCCGCUUUGAGGUGCAGGUGAAGGCGGAGGCAGCGCAUGGGAACCUAAGCCGAGCCCAUGGGCCGACAUGAACCAGUAACUACACAUGACCAGGCGACAGUUUGGAAUUCUAUAAACGGGAAGAACGACCAGGCGCUAGUCUUGGCGGGCCCGGCCGCCAUCACUUGGUCGCGCUUUCCUGCCUUCACCGCACCAGCAAACGGACCCUCUCUAAAAUAUCAAGGCCCGCGCCCCGCUUCUUCACUUCUCUCUCCUCCCUCUUUCGCUCGACACUCAGCUACAGUCCCACUCCCACAGCUUGACAGCUUCCUUGUCUCUAAUCCUUCGUCAACAAAAGGUCUGUGCUUGCAACCCGCAGCCAUGCGCUUCCUACUCCUUCUCAUCGCCAUCGUCUCCGUCGCUCUCGGCGUCGCUCUCCCCGCUCCGGGUGACGACGCUGAGGCGCCCGCCAUCGUCGCUCCCGAGGAUCCCGGCAACGUCACCAUUGCGGACACCGCGGACUGUGUCAGCGGUCCUCCUGGCUGCAAACAUCCCUUGAUGGCCUUCUACACGCAACCUUUCCACCGCGGAACCUUGUGGCAGGUCGGAUACGUCGAGUACGACUGUAAAGACAAGCAAGCAGACGCCAAGUGCGUGCUCGCUGAUCCUUAUAACCACCAAGACUUUGGCACCCUCCUCAAGUCAAAGACUCCCCAGUGGUAUAGGUUGCAGGGCAAGCACAAAUUCAUCUGCAAUAUCUACGAGACCACCGACUGCACUGGUAACCACUACAGGGAGAUCGACAGGUCCGUGGACGAUCUGAGGGAUAUCGGCUGGCAAAACCGCAUUCGCUCCGUCAAGUGUUGGUGGAAGUCAUAGGCCCGCUUCGGGGUUUGGAGGCGUGGUAGAUGGUGCCACAAGGACGAUGCGGGUGUGCUUCAGUAUCAUUCGUGAGGCGUCGGAUUUCAGCAAAAGGAAUGGCACGUGAAUAAAUGUCACGGGUGAUUACAGUGCCCUAGAAAGGGAGUUGGGGCGUGCUUCCGUAGUCUCACUGCGUCUUUCGUAGUGAUAGCUCCGUCAAUCAACUGCUGACUCCAAGUACUACGUUCCCAG